AUGACUGCAUCAAUAACCACCGCGAUCAUCGAGGUCGUUAUCAUCAUCAUUAUCAUCAUCAUCAUCAUCAUCACCAUCAUCAUCAUCAUCAUCAUCAUCGUCGUCGUCAUCAUCAUCGUCGGCGUUAUAGUGAACGGCUUUGUCAGCAAGGGCUGUGCUGCCAGCACGUGGAAAUCCAACCAUAGCAAGAGCAGCGGAAUUGGCUGCAGGCGAGAAGAAAUAUUCGGCGUCGUUUCGCAGGUUUGUUACUGCAACAACAGCGACUUCUGCAAUGCUUCUCUCAAGUCCUUUGGUUGGUCAACACCCUUCGCCGUGUUCUUGUGCCUUGGAGUAUGUCUGCUGCUGUACGAGCUCUGA